AUGGACUUGGAGUCUCAAAAGGAACAACCACUUGGAUAUCAGCAUCCGACGACUGGUACAAAGACUCCACCACCCUCACAUGACGACAUGGGGGACUCAGCGCCGAAGGAGUCAGCAGAAGACGCCGUCAUUUCAGCCGAGAACAAUAUUGACGAGGACGACUCACAUCUCCAGUUCAAAAACAUUAACAACAUCAUAAAGGAGAAGGAUGUGGGUUCUUUACUUGAGUUCGGAGGUGCACCAGGAUUCGCAGAAGCUCUAGGCACCGAUAUCGAGAAGGGAAUUCCUGAAGAUGACCAACACUGUUGUUUUCGCCAAUUAGCUUCCAAAACAUUCAACUCAACUCCUUCAAAACCCUUCAUUUUACUACGCCUAUUUAGAUCUUCAAACAACUAUAUCAUGUUACUUCUUCUACUGUCUGCAAUUUUCUCCAUUGGGUUUGGAAUUAAGGAAGAAGGCCUCAGAACAGGAUGGUGUGAAGGGGUCAUUCUCUUAAACGCCUUAAUCAUACUCCUUGUUUUUCCAAUCAUCCGAGACUUGUUGAAUGAUCUUUUUAAAGGAAAGAGAAAGCAGCUUCAAGAUGAUCGAGAGAAGGAAAUGAUGGUUGAUGUCGUUAGAGGAGGAACGAGGAAGAAGAUCUUUAUGUCAGAUAUGUUGUUGGGUGAUCUCGUAUGCUUGGAACGAGGGCAUCAGAUUCCAGCCGAUGGUUUGUUGGUUUCUGGUGAUUACUUAGAAUUAGAUGGUGGCUCCAAUGUUGUAGUUAAUGCUUCUAACCCUUUUCUUUUUUAUGGGGCAGAGGUUAUUAAUGGCCAAGGUAGAAUGAUUGUGACUGCUUUGGGAGAAAACACUGUGUGGGCUGAAAUGAUGAGUGUCUCAUCAUGUCAUCAUCAUGAUUUGGUGAUCAAGAAGCAGAGUGGUCCGUUUCAAGAUCAGCUUGAUAAGAUCAACACAUGGAAACAAAUAGUUGGUCUUUUGAUCUCCAUUUUCAUUAUUGUGGUGUUGUUCUUGCGCUUUGAGCUCAUGACUAAACAAGAGGCCAAGUCAGGAAUCACAGAUAUCAGGGGAAAACCAAUCACUGUCGAUGAGUUCAAAGAUUUAGUUGAGAGGAUUGUCACGAAACCAAAUGGGAAGAUUACUAAUUCCUUAAUCUCAUCACUCACCAUGCUCCUUGUAGGUGUGGUUGAAGGAUUACCAUUUUGUAUAACUCUUGCUAUUGCGUACUGGAGAAGAACAGGCAUGACCUUUGCUCAAGAACUGUCGGCUUGUGUUGCAAUGGGCUCUGUUACAGCCAUAUGUACAGACAGAACAGGAGGCCUAACAUUGGAGCCACUCGAAGUGGACAAGUUCUUGAUCGGAGAAGCUGAAAUAACCGAUGAAUCGGUUAUAGCUUCUCAUGUAGGGGAAGCUAUUCGAGACGGAAUUAGCUCCACACUUGUUCUCCCACAAGCUUUUCGUUCUGAAACAGAUGAGCCUCUGCUUUCCUGGGCCUUGUUUAGGUUCCAGUCAAAGUUGGAAGCUUUGAGGCGGCAAUCAUGUACUACCAUUCUCCAAGUUAGGGAAUUGAUCGAUGAUGAUGAGGAAAGAAAAGGUUUACUAUUGAUGACGACGAAGAACGAUUAUGGUGGUGACACUGAUAUGACUACGUGCAUGCACUGUAAAGGUCCAGCAACAGAGAUUUUGCCAAGAUGUUCACGUUACUAUAACAAUGAAGGGAUUCUAAACGAUAUGAAUGACCAUAAAAGGUUGGAAUUUAAUCAUAUUGUCGAGCAAAUGGAGUCAACGCAUCUUAAAGUUAUUGCUUUUGCUUACAAACAAACUAUUGCGACCACAACGAUUGAGGAAAAUGAUUUGACACUUCUUGGACUAGUGAGUCUCAAGAUGUCAAUCCGGGAAGAUAUUAAAGAGGCCAUUAAAGCUUGUAAGAUUGCUGGUGUUAGAAUCAUACUCGUCUCAAAAGAUGAUGUGGAAACUCUUGUGGCAAUUGCCCAACAGUUUGGCAUCCUUGAGGAUAAUCCAACAGCAGAGGAGGUGAUCACAGGACAUGAGUUUCGUAAUCUAAAAGAUGAUGAGGAAAGAAUGAAGAUGGUGGGUAGAAUCUCAGUGAUGGGAAACUCACUCCCUUCGGACAAGCACCUCUUAGUAAAGUUUUUAAGGAAGAAUGGAGAGUCGCUAGCUGUUAUCGGUAUUGGAACAAAUGAUGUUCCGGCUCUUAAAGCUGCUAAUGUUGGACUAGCCAUGGGGAGUUGGAGCAACAAUGUGGUCAGAGCAAGUGCAAAUAUCAUAAUGUGGGAUACAAAUAUUAGUAUUGUUCUCCCUAUGUUGAGGUAUGGAAGAUUUAUAAAUAACAACAUUCAGAACUACAUCAAACUUGAGCUAACCAUGCUUGUUUCAGGGCUUUUAAUAGCAACCAUCACAGUAGCAUUUACUGGAAAUAUGCCCAUAACGACCAUUCAAUCGUCUUGGGUGAACAUGUUAGUGCCAUUGCUUGGUGGGCUAGCUCUUUUGACUGAACCCCCAUCAGAAAAGUUGAUGGAGAAACCAUCUGAACCAAAUAAAGAAGCGGUUAUUAUAACAAAAGCCAUGUUGAUAAAUAUAAUAUCACAAGCUAUAUCCCAAGCUUCCAUACUAGUUACAUUCCAAUUCAAAGGACAAGCUAUUCUUGGCACAAAUCAAAAGGUCAACAGGACUAUAAUAUUUAAUAGCUUUGUUCUUUGCCAGCUUUUUAAUCAAUUCAAUACAAGGGAAAUGGUGCUGAAGAAUUUGUUCAGGGCCAUGUUUUGGGUGGCUUUUGGUGUCACUUUGGUGUUGCAGUUGAUUUUUAUUGAGAUUGCUCAUCUUCUUGGUGGUAAUUCAAGGUUGAAUUGGGCUCAAUGGUGUAUAUGUUUUCUAAUUGGGCUGGUUCCAAUGGCUAUAGAUUGGGCUGAAAAGUUCAUACGUUUCAUGAUAGAGUAG